GCGCGUCGCGGCGACACCAUUACCCGUCAGUCAGUCCUCCUUCUCCCUCUCUUAUCCAUCCCAGAGAUAUCUGCGGAUGCCACUCUGGAGCUCGUGUCCAAAUUAAUAAUCCCACCAAGAACACCAGCCUCCCUAUUCGCCGCGGCGCUCCUCUGAUUUUCUGGCGUUUCUUGGUUCUUUGGAGUCGCCCGGGAAUUCUUGGUUUCUUGAUGUGGAGAUUGCUACCUUGCAAUGGCAAUCGGUGCCAAGAAGAGGGGAAUGCUAUGAGGCUGUGAGUUCAUGGCCAGUAGAGGUGUAUCCGCCCCUGCGUCGUAGGCGUCGGUGUGUGCCCGGAAGAUGUGGUCUCCGUCGCAUGACCUUAAUGAGCUGCUCCGUGGUCAGCUCUAGCGGCGCUGCGGUCUGGCCAGCGGCAGAGGACAGGAUCGGGCGACGGAGGGUUUGUGCAUGCAAGAUGUUCGAUGUCAGUUCCCAGAGGAGCAGGAGGGCGAGGCACCUGGUGGGUUUUGCCAAGAAGAGGAGGAGGAGUUCCAAGAGGCAGCAGCCAUGGUGGAAGGCGUGGUUCUCGGAUUGGAAUGACGAGGAAGAGAGCCUGGCCGGCUGGAGGGAGGACGAUGAGUUGCUCCAGGAGGUUGUUAGCAACGAAGACCUGUCGGAGGAUGACAAGUUUCAGACGUGGAAGAGGAAGGCCGAGGCGAUUGUCGAGCUGCGGGAGGCCCAGCAGGAUGCCGAGAAUGCUGAAGGGCGGUCGUGGGAGGAUUGGAUCGGUGGGGGCAGCACGGCGGCGACGGGGGGUGGUGGUGAUUGGGGCGGGGGUGGGAGCUUCUCGGACCAGAUAACCGAUGAUCCGAUGCAGAUAGUGAGGGAUAAGGGCAUCAUCGAAACUUUUAAAGACUCCAUCGAUGAAGAUUACGAAGACAUGUUGUUUGAGGACCGGGUUUUUUUAUAUGCUUCGGCGAACUCGGCCAAAUUCCUAGCAUUGUUGAUUGUGGUUCCAUGGGUGCUGGAUUUUCUAGUGCAUGACUACGUUAUGAUGCCAUUCCUAGACAGGUAUGUCAAAAAGGUACCACUUGCUGCUGAACUGCUUGAUGUAAGACGCAGUCAGAAGCUUCAGAUGAUAAAGGACCUAAAUCUUGAGAAAGCAAGAUUCCGUCUUGAAGUAGAGAUUGGUAAAUCUCCUCCACUUUCUGAUGAGGAGUUCUGGUCAGAGUUGCAGGAAAAAGCGGUAGAGUUGAGGGAUGAAUGGAGAUUAGAAAACCGACAAGCAUUUGCAAACAUCUGGUCUGAUAUUGUUUAUGGGGCCGCCCUAUUCCUUAUUAUGUACUUUAACCAGAGUAAAGUUGCAAUGCUGAAGUUCACAGGAUAUAAAUUACUAAAUAAUAUCUCGGACAGUGGGAAGGCCUUUCUUAUCAUUCUAGUGUCAGACAUCCUUCUGGGGUACCACUCAGAGGCAGGUUGGCACUCGUUGGUAGAAAUCAUUCUUGAACACUAUGGGCUUGAAGCCGACCAAGCUGCAGUCACCUUUUUCGUUUGUCUGGUUCCAGUUGCCCUGGAUGUAUUUAUAAAAUUUUGGGUAUAUAAAUACCUUCCAAGAUUAUCUCCUAGUGUGGGUAACAUUUUGGAUGAAGUGAGGCGCCACUAGAGAAUUUUUUCCAUCAGGAAUUUAGUUCCUGACAUAAGGGAAUUGCUAGGAGAAGUUCAUUCCAGGUCAGUCCAUGUAUCAUCUGAACUAGGACUUCAAUUCUGAAAGAACCGUUCUUCGACAGGCCUCAGCUCGGAGUUGCGAUGUGUCCGUUCAAUUAGUCAUCAGUUGGAUCUCUAUGUGCUAUGGCUGGCAACUUCGGAUGUCACCUGAACCAGUUAUUGUUCCUUCUAAAAAACAUGCCAUACUAUACAAAUUAUCGUGUGCUAUAGAUAUCUCCAGGUAAAUGUCAAGAUUUUGCGCCAUAGGUAUCAUACAGGAGAAUGCAAUUUUCUUACAUACAGAUUUAUGAAUGCCAAAUGGUUUUCGUCCCCA